AUGAGGGUAUCAAAAAGCUUUUGGAGCGCCACUAGAAGGGACUUGCCUCCAGCUUUUAGCAACUCUGAUGUGAUACUGUCAUCUCCCGGUGCUUUAUUGCGACAAGUGGUGGAGCCAUCAGAACCAGUUGAUCUGAAAUCUGCGGACUUUCAAGUCUGCAUAACUAUCAUUGAAGCUCGACAGCUGAACGGAUUGAACAUGGACCCAAUUGUCUGCGUACAAGUUGGUGAAACAAAGAAAUUUACCAGCGUGAAGGAAAGCACCAAUUGCCCGUAUUAUAAUGAAUACUUCGUGUUCGACUUGCACAUGCCUCCUGUAUUGCUGUUCGAUAAAAUUAUCAUGUUAUCGGUAAUGCAAUCACGUAAUAUGUUCCGUUCCAAAAAGCUUCUGGGGACCUUCAAGCUGGAUGUGGCGACGGUGUGGAACCAGCCAGAUCAUCAAUUUUAUCACAAAUGGGCCCUACUGACCGAUCCGGAUGACUUGAUAUCCGGGCCUAAAGGCUACCUCAAGUGUGACAUCAGCGUCAUCGGUAAAGGAGACACUAUCAAGAUACCGCCAAAGAGCGAAAAAGAUGACGAUGACAUCGAAGCAAACCUGCUUCUGCCGGACGGCGCGCCGCUUUUGCGCCAGCGUGCCCAUUUCAUUGUGAGGGUUUACAAAGCCGACGGUCUUCCUGAGAUGAAUUACUCAAUUUUAGGAAAUGUGAAGAAAGUAAUCACUGGUGAAAGACAACACCUUGUUGAUCCCUACGUCCACGUGUCUUUCGCUGGAAAAUCUGGCAGUACAUCAAUAAAGAAAAACACAUUCACGCCAACGUGGAACGAACAGCUGGUCUUCACAGAGAUGUUUCCACCUCUGUGCCAGCGAAUGAAGAUCCAGCUUAGAGACAACCGCACGGUGCAGCCUAACAUCAUCGGCACUCACUUCAUUGACCUUAAGACUAUAUCCCACGACGGAGACAAAGGUUUCCUACCGACAUUUGGACCAUCAUAUAUCUACUUGUAUGGGUCCACAAGAGAUUACAGCAUCAUUGAUCAAAAUUCUAGCCUUAAUAUGGGAAUUGGAGAAGGAUUGGCGUACCGCGCUAGACUUUUCAUAUCAAUUCGUGUGGAGAUCCUCAACAGUAUCGAAACGAAUCCUACGUCAGAAGUUGCGCUGGAACCGAUAAUACCGGUCAACGAAGUCUUAUUCGAAAGAAAUGAGGAAUUUUUCUUGUUCGGUUGCUUGUUUGACGUCAAUAUGGUUGACAAGAAGCUGGUUGAUAAACCAAUACUAUUUGAACUAAGUAUUGGUAACGCUGGAAAUGUACUGGAUGGAAGGAAUACGUCGUUGAAGAGGGCACAUGAUUUGGAAAAUAUCAAUCUUGAUGAAGUAAGCUCGGGUACGGGUUACUGGCAGAGCACGACUAAUCCAGUCAAGGCUCAAGCUUAUAAAGACAAGAGUUACUAUUACUUGCCAUAUUGGGAUAACAAACCAUGCAUGCAUGUUCGUAGCAUUUGGCCCGAUCACCGACGCCGCAUGUACAACACUAACCUGAUCGCAAGCAUUAUUGACAAAUUUGAGGAAGGACUAGCUGACGCUUACGCAGCCUUACAGAGUGAUGAAGGGAUGGAUAACACCAGUCUGGCUGGCUUGAAAUCUGUGUUUGAGUCCGUGAGCGUCUCUUGCGCAAAAUAUGUAAAGUCCCUGAGUUCAGCACCACCAUUCGGCAACACUAAAUUAGAUCGUGAAAGGCAAAAACUAUGCCUAUGGGAGAUCGAGUAUAUCGGGACGUCUAUGAGACGUCUAAAAGCUAUUCUAACAAUAAAUUCCGUAAUAGAACGACUGGAGUCGGCCACUACAUAUUUAAACAGGCUUAAACAACUUUGUGAAGAUGCUCAACACAGCAUGCCAGAUAUCUUUCUCUGGAUGAUAAGUAAUGGCAAACGCAUAGCUUAUCAUAGAUUCACUGCUAGAGAUCUUAUUUAUGCGGACAAAUCAGAAGAGCGUGGAAGAUUGUGUGGAAAGAUGCAAACAAUAUUUAUGAAGUGGCCGGGAAAGAAAGGUACCACGCCAAGCGAUUGGGUGAUUCCAGCUAAAGUCCGCGGAUAUCUUUGGUUAGGAGUACUUCAGGACAAAAAACAUUAUCUUGACGAUCUCCCUAAAGGCUACGAAAGGGCCGAAAUAUAUGAUAUAGAAAAAUUAAGAGCCAAUCCUCCACCGUCAAUAUUUUACGCGGAGAAACAUGCAUUUCAAAUGAGAGCCUACAUUUAUCAAGCGAGAUCACUGAUAGGUUCAGAUUCCUCGGGACUCUCGGAUCCUUUCGCACGAGUAAUAAUAGAAGAGUAUAGUACAAAUACUCUCGUUAUUGAUCAAACAUUAAGUCCGACUUGGGAUGAACUCCUUGUACUGGAUAAUAUUUUGAUAUUCAGCACUGUAGAACAGACCAAGUCAGAUCCUCCUACUAUCGUUGUCGAAAUUUUCGACCAAGACCAAGUCGGUAAAUCUGAAUUUAUUGGGCGCACCGUUGCCAAGCCCCAUGUGGUCUCUUUUGAUGAUCUCUGUGAGAAACCCCAGUUCCCACCUUCUUUGGAGUGGUAUGACAUCAUGCGAGGUGAUGAAAGUGCUGGAGAACUACUUGCUACUUUUGAAAUUCUAGAAAUUCCACCCAAUCAAACAUCUGCAAUACUGCCAGAAUUGCCUACUCCUAAAGAGUUUCCAGAAAAUAUGAUUUUGGAACCACGAUAUCCUGUCCCAAGAGGAAUACGACCAACGUUGUCAAAAUACCGUGUUGAAAUUUUAUUUUGGGGCUUGCGUAAUGUCAAGCGCAUCCACUUCCUGACAGUGGACAGACCCAGAGUUGACAUUGAAUGUGCUGGGCACAUUAUCUGUUCUACUGUUAUUCAGAACGCUAAACGUAAUCCAAAUUUUUCGUACCCCGUAAAGUACGUGGACAUUGAACUUCCCGAUCAAAAUCUAUAUCGCCCACCGUUAACUAUCCGCGUUGUAGAUUGUCGCAGUUUUGGUCGAACUACACUUGUGGGAACACAUACAAUAAAUUCGAUUCAAAAAUAUAUAUACACACCAAUGAGCAAACGUGAAAGAGAAAUAGAGGAAAGGAGAAAAUCCAUGAUUCAACUUGAAAAUGUUGAUUUACAUGGCAAUAGCAUUAUACAAGAGAACGUUUACACUAUCAACAAAGAAAAAUGCCUUUUAAUACCUUUGGAGGCGCGUGGGGCUAUACCUAAAAGACCAGGAGUGGCUAAGAAAGUUAUCAAGCCUAGUACUAGUGGUAAGAGGCGGAAACAAAGCACAGAACCAGUACUAGAUGGUGACGACAGAAGCAAAGAUUGGUGGACAAAAUACUUUGCAUCCGUUGAAAUGGUAAUUGAGGAAGAAAAGGAGAUUAAGCGAGAACGCCAAGGAAUAGCCCAUGCUACUCUGAUGCAUAUUGACGAAACGCGUUCACCAACCGAUGAAGUUCACUCUCCUCGCUCCAAGCGUCACUUGUCUGGUCCAAAUAAGGCAAAAAUAACCCCAACGGCGCCAACAAAAAAGAAUGAGAUUCCGAAUUGUUCUUUAGCAAAGAUCAUUCCACAUGAAUUAGAAGCUGUAUCAGAGUUUAAUGAAUUCAAGGACUGGCUACAUACCUUCGAACUAUAUCGUGGCAAGAAAACCGGCGAUGACUCAGAAGACGAAAGUCGUGUAGUUGGAGCAUUUAAGGGUGCUAUUAAAGUUUACAAAUGGCCUCUUCCAAAAGAAACCGAUGAUCACACUCUAAUGGGCUUUGAUCCCAACAAUGGAUAUUUUCAAGGUGCUCCCAGUAAUGACCCUAAACACGUUCUAGUACGAGUUUAUAUCGUAAAAGCUGCUGAUCUUCAUCCAAUGGACCUGAACGGAAAGGCUGAUCCCUAUAUCGUACUCCACCUGGGUUCAAAGAGAAUUAGCGACAAAGAAAAUUACGUAUCAAAGCAACUUAAUCCAGUGUUCGGCAAAUGCUUUGAGAUCGAGGGAACAUUCCCACAGGACUCAAUCCUGACUAUUCAGGUAUACGAUUGGGACUUACUUGGAUCUGAUGAUUUGAUCGGCGAAACGAAAAUAGAUCUUGAAAAUCGCUUUUACAGCCGCCACAGGGCCACUUGUGGCUUACCAAAAAAAUAUGAUAAGCAAGGAUACAACCGAUGGCGCGACGCAUUGAAACCGACCCAAAUAUUGGCUAAAUUAUGCAAAGAUGGUAAAAUUGAAGCACCAUUUUAUGGACCUGGAUAUGUCGAAGUUGGUAGCACAGUGUUCAACAUGCCGGUGGAUGAUGAGCUAUUUUCUGAUCCGGAGACUAACGAGGAACAAAUGGCUUUAUACGUGCUACAUCGGUGGGAAACAGUACCACGCGUUGGAAUUAAACUCGUGCCUGAGCACGUAGAAACACGACCUCUUUACAAUCCAAAUAAACCUGGAAUCGAACAAGGGCGUCUUCAGAUGUGGGUAGACAUGUUCCCAAUGGAUAUGCCGCUGCCAGGACCGCCUCUUGACAUCUCUCCUCGCAAGCCGAAAUCGUAUGAGUUGAGAGUGAUUAUUUGGAAUACUGAUGAUGUCGUCUUGGAAGAUGAUGCUUUCUUCACAGGAGAAAAAAUGUCGGACAUUUACGUGAAGGGAUGGCUCAAAGGUCCUGAUGAUUGCCAAAGCACAGACAUACAUUACCGCUCAUUGACCGGUGAAGGAAAUUUCAACUGGCGUUUCAAAUACCCUUUUGAUUAUCUUGAAGCAGAAGAACGCAUAGUUAUUUCGCGAAAGGAAUCUCUCUUCUCGUGGGACGAAACUGAGAGCAAGAUACCAGCCCGUCUGGAACUACAAGUCUGGGACGCUGACCACUUCACGGCUGAUGAUUUCUUGGGUUCCGUAACACUGGAUUUGACUAGAUUCCCACGUGGAGCUAAAUCAUCAAAGCUCUGCACUCUACAAAUGCUCUGCAACGAUGGGAGUGUUCCAAUGGUGAACAUAUUCAAACAAAGACGUCUUAAGGGCUGGUGGCCGUUUCAUAUUAAAGGAGACACUGACGAAAUAGAACUUACCGGAAAAGUCGAAGCAGAACUACAUUUGCUCACUCGUGAGGAAGCUGAGAAAGUGCCGGCCGGACUCGGACGUAGCGAACCUGAUGCUCUUGAAAAACCAAAUCGCCCGGACGCGUCAUUUAUGUGGUUAUUAAACCCAUUGAAAUCCAUGCGCUACAUCGUUUGGCACAACUACAAGUGGUGCAUCGUGAACAGCACUAUCGUCACCUUGGUCGCUCUAUUCAUCCUGUUCUUCGUGUAUGCUGUUCCCGGAUACAGUGUCAAGAGACUACUCGGAGCUUAAAUUCACAACCACGGACAUACGAUAUUCAACGCAUUGCGUGCA